AUGGAUACCGCAUCCAUAUGGGAUAUCUAUGCCAACGCCAAGAAGCUACUCCAGCUGUACCCUCGGCUGGAGAACCGCUUCGAGCGGCAGAACUCCAGGAAGGCACAAGCCUUGCAGAGAAGUACGCACGAAAGUGCUAUUGAAGACGACUUUUUGAUGCUUUCGCCGAAAUCGAUAGAGUCGGUCUCGCCGCUACAAUCGGCGAAGAAGCCAGACUUUGUUCCGUCUUCAAGUCAGAGUCAUAAGAAUAGCCAGAGCAGUAUGAUCACACCCUUGUCUCUGAUUGACUCGCCUACAUCAAACUCUUUACCUGGAUCAGCUCCAGCGGAAGCCUCGGGAGUAUAUCCAAAGUUCAUCACCAACCUGGACAUGGACCUCAACCAGUUGUGGGAUGUGAAAUUUGAUAAUUAUGACCAACGAAAACCGAAGAAACCCGAUAUUUCGACUCAUUCAAGCUCCACGUCGCUUCAGAUACCUACUGCGCCGAUUUCAUCGCGCCCAAAUGAGUGCUCCAACUGCCAUACUUUGAAGACCCCUCUAUGGAGGCGCGACGCUACGGGUAACACGCUUUGCAAUGCGUGUGGGUUAUUCCACAAGCUGCACGGAACUAUGCGUCCGUUGUCGCUGAAGACUGAUGUUAUAAAAAAACGGGUUUCCAAGAGGCAGCAGAGUACGACCGUGAUCUCAGCAUCGGUGCCGAACUCAUUGGUCUCCUCUUCCCUGCAAAGAAUACCGCCUGCACAACUCCAAAUACAGCCCCAGCCGCUUCCAAAUUUCCAGCAGCAACACCAGAGAGAACCUUCAAGCGGUCAGACCAUCAACCACAACAGCAGUGUGCCGAACUUCCAGUCCUUUCAAUUCCGGCAGCCGUCAGACCUGCGUUACAAAAACAUCCCCAUUUUGCCAAAACCGAACACGAGUCCGGGAAGCGAAUCAAAUACACCGAGGGACCGCCGUUCUUCCAACCUUUCGCUCCAGUUUCAGCGCGAAAAGUCGCAACAACCUGUUGAUGCUCCGAGCUUCAAGCGCCGUAAGUCUCGCAUCUUCAACGAGUCGCAACCCUCUUCGCCCAUGGAUGACUCAGGCUACGGCCUGGCUCCUCGAAGCUCAUCUUUUCACUCUCGAUUUGCUGCCAGACCAUCGGUUUCACGCUAUGGCUCCAUUGUGAGCAUCGACGCCAAUCCGCCCACCACGGCCUCUGUCGUUUCUUCGGCCACUUCUUCGUUCAAAAGCUCCACUGUUAUCAGCGGAUUUGACGUGGAAGAUGAGAAACGCAAUCUGAACCUGGACGACCUGGAAUGGUUACGGUUUGAUGUGUAA